AGUGCGCUGCCUCACACGAAAUAUGUUUAGACAGUAACGCAGUUAACGGAUACUCGGCCAUUUUCAGAUCGCACCGGCAAGUAUAACAAGAGUCUGUCACCACAGAAGCUCUGCUCUGCCUUUUCUCAUUGGAACACUGCGCCCUCCCCGUAUAUUCCUGAACUAUUCACUUUUUCCAUAUCCCCGUUUUAUUUCGUUUUCCUCUGGACUUCGUUCCAUACCCUAUCCGUUCCAGAACAUUUGAGCGAUUUUUUUUCAAGACUUCAGGUAAACACCAGCCAAGGCCCUCACUGUGGAUUCAACGAUUGGCAAUACUAGCAGCUGUCCCAAGCCAACCAUUCUGAAUUCUUUGAAGACGCAGAUCAGGCACAUUGAGAAGGAUGAUGCCCAUAGAAAAUGGCGGAGUCACCCGCAUUCUCCAGGCAUUAGAAGUCACCUACGACCCGAAGUCCACCAAUGCUACUAGAAGAGAAGCACAGGUAUUUUUGGAAUCUGUCAAGGCCAGUGAGGAGUCGCCAUUUUGGGGAUUUCAAUUGGCGCUUCCCGAAAACUACGGCUCCAACUACAUCGUGCGGCAUUUUGGGUUGUCGCUCCUUCAACAUGCAAUCAGCAAGAAAUUCCACACAUUCGAUCGCUCGAAAGUGCUUGUGAUUAGAGAAUGGAUUUCAACGCUUGCAGCGAAGACGCUCGAGGACGACUCCCAUUACAUAAAGGAGAAAUUGGGGUUUUUAUGGGCGUCGCUUGCCAAGCGUAUAUGGGGCUCUUUUCUUGUGAAGGCAAAACUGGAGUCGCAAAACGACCAAUUGACGACAGAAGAUGCUGAAGAUGGUUGGGUUUCCAUGGAUGCAGAUUUGUGGAACCUCUGGAACAGCACCACGCAGACCAGAGAGUUAUCUCUAAUCAUCUUGAGGACAUUGUUUGAAGACAUUUAUUUGCUUGAUGAUCCUGUCGCCAGCAAGCGGACAAAUAUUCUCAACCAGAUUAGUGUUAUGAUCAUCACACCCGACUCAGUGCUUGAACAGAUCUACGAACCGAGCCCGACAUUAUCGAUGUGCAAAUACUCGAAAGAUGGAUGGUUUGUUGAAUGGAGCAAGUUUCUAGUUGAGACGCUAACGAAGAACGACUCCUCUUCACCCGUGGUGCAAAAAUUUGCCCCUAAAAUACUCAGUACGUUUAAGACUUGUUUGCAUUGGGUUCAACCCUCUGUAUUGAAAAGCGAAAACAUCUUGAUGACCUUGAUAAACAUCUUGACUGUGCCCGAUAUGAAAUUGAAAACUCUUGCAAUUGACUGCUUGCAUAUACUCUUCACAAGAUCUUAUAACGAUGCAGAGGACUUCGAAUUUUUCAUCGGGAGCAUUUUCACACGUGAAGGUAUUGAGAAGCUUUCGAAUUUCUAUAUUUCUCUCGUUGUUGAUCCAGAUAACCUUGAUGAACAAGCGUAUGCCUUGCUUAAGAAAACAGUCGAGAUGAUUGUUUCUCUAAGCGAAUAUUUACAAGUACUGCUGCCUGCAAAGUCCAGGAUAAACUGGGACAAGUCGAGCGUUGACCUCUAUCUUCAACUUGUGUUGAACACCACAAAGCAUCCAAGCCCAAUAAUUUCAGGUCUCUCCUUGCAAAUGUGGGUCACAACGCUCAGAGUUGAUGAACUAAGCUCAAAACCUCAGGUGGUUCAGUUGCUCAUGGAUUUGUUGGAGAUUUCUGCGGAUAGAAUAAUUGAUUAUCUGGCCCUUGACGAAGAAGUCCCAUCGAGGAAAUUUCUUGAUUUGGAUUUUGACUCAGCGGCUGACUCUGCGCCAUUCUUAGCAAAUUACAAAAAGUUCCAUGAGGACAUCGUCAGAAUUACCGUCUGCAAAAAACCUGAAGAAGGCAUGGAAUGGUUGGAGAGAAGGCUUGAGGCGUUUUUCAGUUCCCCAUUGGGCAAUCUAUGCAUCACACAGCCAAAACUUGAAGAGAAAUCAGAGGCAUACAACUACGCUAUUGCACAAUUCAAUGUUAUCGAGAACAGCAUUCGGGGAGUGUCUCGUUGGAGAAUAUGGUAUACUGGAGAAGACUUUGAAGUAAGAAAUAACCGUUUAAACGGAUUGGUCGAGGAGUUGGGAGAGAGACUCUUAGCCAUGCAGCUUGCAUCGCCAUUACUCAUCCGAAAGCAAGUUCAAACCAUGGUUCAAUUCGCCCCUCUUUUGAAAGACGUCAGCCCAUUGAUGCUCAAAGUUUUAGAAAAAAUCUUGGUGACUGCAACUUUUGAAUAUCAGGACAACAUAUCCGACGAAGAAAGAGAGAUCGUACGUGAUUUAAGGACAAGCUGUGGAACAGAGCUUAAUAGAUUGGCAUAUAUCAUGCCGGAGUCCCUUAAAAACAUAUUUGGUGACCUCGAAACUGUCAUUUCUGACAUUUUGUCUUCCAACAAGGUAAGCAACCACGAGAGCGUUGCUUUCAAAUCCUUUUUAUUAGUGAUCGCUUCAAGAUCAUCUAUAAACGAUAAAGAAGAAUUAUUUGCCAAAAUUGUUGAUCCUGAACUAUCAGCCUGGUCAUCUCCUGAAACUGAGAAGGGUCUUAUGGACUUGCACUGGUUCAUGGAAAGAAUUGGAAUUGUUGAGAUUGCACAAUACUUCCAAAAGAGAAAUAUCCGAGCUGACACCAAUCUUCUUGAGGCAGAAAUGGACGACGAAGGACGUGCCUUGAAAACUCAGUUAAAAGAGCGAUGGUCCUCCAUUUUCCCCAUUCGUGCGACUAGAAUUUUUAUUCAGUACAGCAUUGAAAAGUUGAACCAUGAGUCACCAGAGUUCAUUAAUUUGUUGAGACUUUGGAAACCUCGAGUUAGGCCCAUCGUUCCCCAUAUUCUACAGCUUCUCACACAAAUUCAAGCUUAUCACAACCCAAACAAUUGGCGUGACUUGCCGGAUGCUGUAUUCAGUUUUUUGCGGUAUAGUCGCAUGGAGAGGUUUUGGCAACAGGGUGUUUCCAUCCAAAGCAAAGAGACAUUCAUUGAAGAAAGUGUCAAGGCAGCCUUGACUUUGAGAGAAUUUGCUGAUAGUGUCGGUCAUUUAAUUCGUUACACACGCGAAUACGCGUAUUUAACAAUUGGCUCCUUGUCUCAGUUGGAAGACACCCUCUAUGAAAUCCCAGAUAUCGCGACAUCUCUAUGGCGUGCUCUAGCAGGAGAUGUUGUGGGUGUCACUCUUCACAGCUGGAAGCACAUGAUCAAUAGCUGUCUUCGCAGCGUGGUGAAAAAUUGCCCGAUAAAGUAUGUGGACAUUUUUAUGGCGGAACUUUUGCCCAGAGCUCUUCAGGAUAUUGACAAGCUUUUGGUUGCAAGAUGGGAAAAGGUUUACAUGACUGGAUUACAGCUCCAAGGAAAUGAAAAUGACACUACAUUGAGCGAAGAGAUGAUGGAGGAACAUAUGCUUAGGCAGCUCACAGCUACAGUGGUCAGACUUCUUAUGGAUAUCGUGCCCCAAGUCAACGCCAAAAAUGUGACGGACACUCAAUUUGCGUGCAAAAGACUAGUGACCACCGACAAAGAAGUGAUGGGAGCCUUCUUACAACUUUGCUGUCACAUUAUCGGAUUCAAAGACACCAAAUGCUCCUUCAACACAAUAUUGAUUACUCGCAAUAUUCUUCCCAGUAUUGUUUUCAAGGACGACAAUGUGGAUAAAUAUCUAUGCGAGACAUUCAUGAAGUCUUUGUUGAAUGUGAUUAUGGAUGACUACUUCGUCGAAACCCAUUCAGAAGCAGCAACGGCUCUUACGACGCUUUAUUGUGCUUUGAGGUCCAAGAGUGACUAUCCCGUUCAGAUUCUUCUUGACACUCUCCCUAAUAUCACGUCGCAGCACAUGAGCAACUUUGAAACAUUGUUGGUGGGAUCGCGUUCUUUGCGCCACCAAAGAUCAGCCCUCCUAGAAUUGAUACGAAUUGCAAAGACAAACCAGUCUGAAGUUAGUGAGGAAGAGGAGUUGAAAGACAGAAAGAAACAACUUGAAGAAGCAAAUCUUCAAAGGAAGAAGAAAGAGGUUCCUAGCGACAUCAUGAACGAUCCCUUUACAGAAAACGGCGCAUUAAAUAAGCUUUUCGAGAGCGAGUGAAAUAGUCAUAUACAAGAA